AUGCGGCAGCCGCAGCUUCUGUCUGGCCCCGCAACAACCCUGGGGCGUGAAGGUGAAGCACGAGGCCCGAGGAAACGGGGCCGCAGGCCAGGGCUAGGCCAGGCAGGAGGCACUGGCCCUGAGGCCGCGGGGCGCAAGGAGGGCAGGCAAAAGAGAAUGGUGGCCCUGGUGUCCAGGAGAGAAGAGGUGGAAAGUGAGAAGUCCAGUCAGGCAUCCGGCGCCGAAAAAGCUGCAAAGUGUCGACUGGACGGGCCUGGCAGUCCGACGGGCCCCUCCAAGCCGUCCAACCUGCGGGGCUUAGAAGCAGCGAAGGAGGUGGAUUUCCCCUUGCAUUCCGGAAGACACACCAAGGAAAAAAGAAAAAUUGCUGAAGCCUCAAGUGAUGAUCCACAGCCAGGGAUUGACCUGGUAAGAAAGGAAUCAUUAACCAGUUCGGAAUCUUUUCAAGCAGUGGAGUGCAGUGAAUCUCAAAAUAUGGUUUUCUUGCAAUCUUUGGAUAAGGAAGGUUUUGUAGACAGUAUUAAAAGACGAAUUCGAAUUAAAAAACCUAAAAGUUUAGAAAUCCAAUCUCUCAAAAUGACGGAAAAUAAGACUAUUCAAAAUAUUAAGGCUGAAUUUCAAGAUGAACUUUGCAAGAAUACACCAAAAUAUUCUUGUAACAACUUGUCACCUGGAAUAGAAAAUUAUUCUCUUUCAGAAUUAUGUGAUUACAGUUUUCCCCAAUCCAAGGAUUCUAAUGAUGAAAGCAGUCUUGCAUACAAGCCUGAUAAUAGAUGCAUGCAAGUACCAGAAAACUUGAAGUUAAAGGAAGAAAAUCUUAGGAGUCCUGCAGAUAAGAGUAACACAAAUAAUAUUUCUCACCCUAUUAAAAUUGAAGAAAACUUAUUGGGAGUACAUAAGUCACUGGCUGAAGAAACUGAUUUAUAUCAAAGUAAAAACAAUGGCUUGCUUUCCUGCCUUCAAAGUGAAAAAAAUGAAUAUCCAGUAGAGGAAAGCAGUGUUUGGAGUAAAUCUAGGAAAAGGAAAUUGUCUGAAAAAGGAAAUGAAAUAGUUGCUGAGAUGAACUUGCCUAAUGUGUAUAACAAGUCAGAAUUGGCAUUACCUGAAAAUAAAGCAGAUGUAGAAUGUACAGAAGCAAAAAUUUUAGAAGAUAAAAAAAGUCCUUUAAAAGUUUUGAGAAAAUUAAACCAUAAUACAUUCCCUCAAAUGGAUCAUUUAGUAAAUCUUACAGAAAUAAGAGAAAACAAAACAAGUCCUGAACAUCAUAUAAAUGCUACAUUUCAGAAGACCCUUGGGCCAGUCUUGAAAGAAGAAUCAAAGGAUGCCUUAGAGUCCAAAGACUGCAUAAGCAUGGAACCAGAAGAGUAUUUUCAGUCAAUGAAAAGCUCAAUAAUGAAAUUACCCAGUGAUUACCAUCCUGGUGAAAAGAGAUCUUCACGGGAAGAUGUGAGAAUUGAAGCUGAAGAAUUGAAGUUAAGCUGUCGCAGAACAAUACCAAUGACUGGUAAAAGAAUUUGGCCUUUUUAUUCAUGUGCUAGAGUAACUGCCCAUUGUUGGAAAAAGGCUUCCUUGCCAGAAUCAAAUUGCUUUCAGAAAAGUUUAAAGCAGGAUGAUUUUCUUAAACACCAAAUGAAUCAAACUCUUGUAACUGAAUCCAAAUCAUUGUUACAAACUUCUAUAGUUGAAACAAACAGUGAAUCUAUGAGUACAGAAAAAUUAGAUUCUGAUUUAAAUUCCUUGUCUUCAGUUUCUGCAGUUAAACCCACUGUAAUUAAUACAAAGGAGCCUAUAAAUAAUGACAAUAAAAAGAUGAUCUCAGAGGAACAGAAUAGAGGCAGGUCAGAGGUACGACCUACUCAAGAUAAUCAGUUUAGUGUAACUCAGAGCUUAACAGGAAGUAGAAAAAAAGAUAGGGUGAAUUUAACAAAACUUCAUUUGACUUCCCAAGAUGUCCAGGAAGCUAAUAACUCUACAGGCAAAACUAUAAAUCGAAAAACGUGCGUUGCUAAGCAAACACUUGUUCCAGAUUUGGUUAAGAUACUGAAUACCGGACGUCUGACUAAUUUUAAAAUUCCUCUACUUAAGAAUAAGACAGAAAAGAGAAAAGAAGUAAAUGCCAAGUCAUCAGGGAGAGAAGCAUGUAGUCCCCUAGAGCUUCUUGAUAAUUUAUCUGGAGCAGAGGUCAGACAGAGUAGAAAUAAAGAAAAUGUUUCUACAGUAUCUUCAGGAUCUAAAUCUUUGAGCAUACAAAAUAGUUUAACUCCAAUGCAAGUUUGUUCUGACUCAUACUAUAGUAAGAAUUCUUAUGGUAUUUCCCCAAGCUUUUUAAAGCAAAGCAAUGAUAAUUCCUCUAAUCAAAUCUUUGAACCAGGCAGUAUUAUUUCUCAUAAGGAAGCUGUUUCUUUGACAGUUGAAAAUAAUACUUUCUCUUAUAAUCCCGGGUGUACAGAGAAGCAUUCUUCCUUCUGCUCUGAUGAACAAGAAACAUUUGAACCAGUUUCCUCUGAAGUUAGUGGUAGAACACUGACUCAGAACUUUUCAGAAAUUAAAGUGGAAUUUCCAGAUAUUCUUAAAGCAUAUGAAGAUGAUGUCCUCUUAAUUGAUGUUAUUCAAGAUGACCCAGACCUCUUUGGAGUCUCUAUGGAAGGGGAACUCUCACUUACUUCAGAGGCCCCCAUGAUAAACCACGAACCCAAUGUUGCUAAAAAGCAUCACUCAGCAAACUCCAAGCGCAUGGAACUUCCAGGAAAAAAAGAGCCAAAUGAUGACUUAAGAGAACUUCCUAGACUGAAUCCUGAAUUGAUGAAAUCAGAAGUUUGUGCUCCCUUGUUAACAGCAAAUGAAAUAAAACAUGAUUCCAAAGGUGAAAACUUGGGAGAAGUUACAGAUGAGACCUCUAAAAAUGAAAAACUGGGAGAUUUUGGUGAACAAAUAAAGAGUUCAGACUUGAAUGAGAAGUGUAGCAUUUUAAACAAGGUGACUGUUAAAGAAGAAAAUGAUUAUGAAGUUUACAAAAGCAAAGAUUCUAGAAAUGCAGAGAUUGUGGUUGGUGAAUGUCAAUUAGCAGCAGUGGGCCCAAAACCUCUGUGCUUAUUAUCAGUACCACCUUUGAAUCUUAGUACUCAGCAAGAAGACAUUUUACUGAAGCCCUGGAUGAACGAUUUCAGGUUUCCAGGAAAACAUUCUGUCAUCAAGCCGCAGAAUCCUGAAGUUUGUGAAAUAUUUAAGAGGGAUAAAAAUAUUGGGGUGUUUCAAAAGCUCCUAGGAUUGGUGAUACCUCAUAGAUAUUGCAAAUUUCAUUUUAAUACAUUACGUGGCUGUGAGCGAUCACAAUGCAAGUUUGCUCAUUUGCCUGAACAAGGAGAUGAAAAGAUUUGCAUGGAUGUAUUUAAGAAAUAUAUAAGUAUCAAUGAACUAUGUUUGCUACAACGUGCAGUAAACAUAUUUAUGGAAUAUUACAGAAAAUUUCCUCCAGGUGUACACUUUGAUUUACAAGUGCUAAAUGAUCUCCUAAUUUCUUUACUCAAACAUUGUUUAUUGAAAGAAGUAUUUCAGGUAGUGAAUCUCAGCAUAAUGAUUAAGAUCAUGCCUGCUCUGAAUAUAUUACUAAAAAUAUUUGAGCAUGUGGCAGCCAUGAAAUUAAGAAAUGCUGUACCUGCUUUAAUUGAUAUACUUCGCAAGCUUGUAGAAGCUGGGAUGGUGCUUGACCCAGAACACUUUAAUUAUAUUGUUAAGCUUUUAUACCAAGUACAGGCUUCCAAACAAGAAAUAACUGCAGUUUUGGAUAUAAAAUCAAGGCUACAGAUGAGGCAAUUUAAGAAGACCUGGAAAUGUGAUUUAGAAUCAGCCUUGAAUGAAAUAGAGCUUUGUAAAGAAAAAGGAGACUGGACCAAGUUGGGACAUUUAUACAUUAAUGUAAAAAUGGGCUGUGAAAACUUUGCAGAUUUCCAGAGAUUUUGUGUUUGUUUGACUGAAAUACUAACAAAAGAUUGCAAAGAAGAGAGACCAGGUGUUCCAUUCUGUGAAUUUGCUGAAGCAGUUAGCAAAGAUCCACAACACAGUGAAGUAGAUAAGACUUUACUGGGCAGAAUUGGAAUCAGUGCUAUAUACUUCCAUCACAAGGUGUUGCAGUGGUCCAAGGGAAGGAAGGUCUUAGAUAAACUCUACGAAUUAAAAAUACAUUUUACAAGUUUGAAAGGACUUAUAGGGCCUGAGAAGUUAGCAUCACGAUGUCAAAUUGUGAAUAUUGCAGCAGAAAUUUUCCUAAAAAGUGGAAGCCUAGAUGGUGCCCUUUGGGUAUUAAGAGAGUCAGAAUGGAUAAUCAAUACACCGCUGUGGCCUUGUGAUAGACUGGAUGUACUCAAUCGUCAUAAUCUGCUCUGUACAAUUGCACAUGAAACCUUAGCCAAGAGCCUUUACAGACAGACAUUUGAAGUUUUGCAAAAUCUACCAGGUUUUCAAAAUUCUCAAGAAACAGUGGUGGUCUCCCAGUAUAGCCUUCUUUUUAAUAAACUUCUAGAUGCCUGUAUAGAAAGCAACAGUCUUGGUAUGUCGUCCUCUGUAGCAGAAUUCAUGAUUUCAAAGAACAUACCUAUUGAUUUUUCCUUUCUUAGAAGAUUAAUUACUUCUUUAGGAAGGAGUAGCUUAUGGCUCAAAGCCAGAGCCCACUACAAAAAUGCUCUUUCAUUGGGUUGCUAUCCACCUUUGGAGGGAAAUUUUUACCGAAAACUUCUUAUGAUUCCAUCUUAUUUAUCUGAGAUUGAAAUGCUUUUGGCCAUUGAAAUUUUCCUGGUAUCUAAUGCUAGUAGUAUUCAGAGUCCUGGACCUUCUGCACAGACACUGCAGAUAGUUUUGAAAAGAUGUGAAGAAAACAAAACUCGAAGCAAGGAUGAUUAUCAAGCUGCAGUGGAAAGAUUAAUUAUGGCUGCUCGUAUAUCGGAUCCAAAGCUUUUCAUUAAGCAUAUGACUGUCAAUAUUAAUAAGGAACAGGUUUAUAGUUUGGAACAUGGUUCUGCCUUGAAAUGGUUGAAAGGGAAUAUGAAGUGGGCUGGAAAGUUUUGGCUUUUCAGUAACCAUUAG